CUUAAUUACCGUUGUUAUUCCUCUAAGUCUCAAGGCCUCAGCUAUUGGAGAACGUGUCAGCCAUAAGAAACAGCUAGCCAAUCCAGUCCUGCUUUUACCUGUCGAGCAAAAUCUACAAUUUUGAAAUGAAAUCACCAAUCUAUACGACCUCCCUCAACCCAGACCUGAACACAUGGGACGAUAUAUCAUUCUUACCUCCACAACAUCUAAGGAUGAUAUGAUGAAGCUUCCACCAUUAUCACCAACUCCCCUCCAUUUCCUUCAAUUCCCUCCUUCUCUGCUUCUACCUGUCUCAAAGCUUGUCUUGUCUUUGCAGCUGCACUACAAAGAGGUUAGUGUCUGUCUGCUACUUUGAGUGCCACAACAACUUAGCCUUUUCUCGAAUCAAAAAGUUUUUCUUUUUAAUUUAUUAUUAUUUCUUCAUUUGCUUGUUGAACAGAAAUCAGGAAAAAAUAAAUAUUCCCUUUCCAUGCCUUGUAUCUCCCUACUCUUUCAAAACAUUCACAUGAAAGUUAAAAAGGUAUAAGAGGCUUUACCUGUGUGUCACAUGCUAUUAGCUUUCCCCUAUAUAAAGAGCUCGCAAAAGAGAGUUGAUCAUCAAAAGAGCUUUAGCAGACAGACUUCUCCUUGAGCUCUCCAAGGAUUCAGACCUGCAAAAGCAAUAUGUUGUUUUCCUAUGCUAGAAAUUGCUUAAAGCGGUUCUGUGUUGACGAGUUACAACCGAAAACAGAAACCAAUUAUGGUUUCUUCUCCAGUGAUCUCCUCCCUUCUCUUGGAGCCAGAAUCAACCAAACUACAAAACUUAGAAAAUGCAUAAAUUCACCAUUUGAUCCCCGGUACAGGGCUUGGGAGAUGUUUCUAGUCAUUCUGGUCAUUUACUCUGCCUGGAUUUCUCCCUUUGAGUUUGCAUUCCUCACGUACAAGGAAGAUGCGCUGUUCAUCAUUGACAACAUUGUCAACUGCUUCUUUGCAAUAGACAUCUUUCUAACAUUCUUCGUGGCAUACCUCGAUAGUCAAUCAUACCUGCUUGUAGAUAAUCCUAGGAAAAUAGCAAUAAGGUAUUUAUCAACAUGGUUCAUGUUUGAUGUGGCCUCAACUGUGCCAUUCCAAGCUCUCAGCCUCCUUUUCACAGAUCACAAAACAAGUGGCGGACUAGGCUUCAAAUUGCUGAGCAUGCUCAGGCUUUGGCGCCUGAGGCGUGUAAGCGCCCUGUUUGCAAGACUUGAGAAGGACAUCCGGUUUAACUACUUCUGGACACGCUGCACAAAACUCAUAUCUGUAACUUUGUUUGCAGUACAUUGUGCUGGAUGCUUUAACUACAUGAUUGCAGAUAGAUAUCCUGAUCCUAAAAAUACCUGGAUUGGAGCAGCAUAUCCAAAUUUCAAGGAGGCAAGCCUUUGGGUGAGAUAUGUAACUUCAAUGUAUUGGUCUAUAGUCACACUGACCACAACCGGUUAUGGGGACCUGCAUGCCGAGAACACAAGAGAGAUGCUCUUUGAUAUCUUUUACAUGUUGUUCAACUUAGGAUUGACAUCUUACAUCAUUGGGAAUAUGACAAACCUUGUUGUUCACUGGACCAGCCGCACCAGAAAUUUCAGGGAUUCAGUCAAGGCUGCUUCAGAAUUUUCAAAACGCAACCAGUUACCGCCACGGAUACAGGAUCAAGUUUUAUCUCAUAUCUGUCUCAAGUUCAAAACUGAAGCAUUGAAACAGCAAGAAACUUUGAAUGCCUUGCCAAAGGCUAUUCGAUCAAGCAUCUCACACCACCUGUUUUUCCCUAUAGUUCAGAAUGUUCAUCUUUUCCGGGGGGUUUCACAUGAUUUCCUUUUCCAACUGGUUCCCGAAUUGGAAGCAGAGUAUUUUCCUCCUAAGGAAGAAGUUAUUUUACAAAAUGAGGCUCCAACAGAUAUGUACAUAAUGGUCUCAGGGGCAGUGGAAUUGAUACUAAGUGUUGAUGGCCAUGAGCAAGUCUUUGGAAGGGCAGCUUCAGGAGAACUAUUUGGAGAAAUAGGGGUUUUAUUUGGAAGGCUGCAGCCAUUUGCUGUACGAACCGUUGAGGUUUCCCAAAUAUUGAGGGUGAGCAGAGCAACUUUGAUGAACAUUCUUCAUGCAAAUCCAGAAGAUGAACGCAUUAUUAUGAACAAUCUGUUACAGAAACUGCAAACAUUAGGAAACAUUGGCUCUGAGGACCACGAAAAAGAACCACACUUAGUCUUCAACAAUUCUGUUGGUGGUGAAUCGCAAGGGGAGAGAUAUUAUGCACAAGAUAAUAUGCAGAGAUGCAGGUGUGAAACGGACACAAGUUUACCAGAUGCAGAUGGCACAAUGGCUCUUCAUGUAGCUGUUUGCAAGGGGAACCUUGAGGUGGCUAAGGGUCUGCUGGAAAAAGGAGCAAAUGUAACUAGACCUGAUGCAACAGGGUGGACGGCAAAGGCUCUAGCAGAACAUAAUGGAGACAAAAACAUGUAUGACCUGUUACGAAGUUUUGAAGACCGAAACAAAUUAGAAGAGCAUAAGAUCAGGUUUCAUGGUCCAGAAACUAGUAGUAGUCAACUAAAGCCUACAAGAUACAGGUCCCCCUUUUGUUCUUACUCCACCCACAGAAGACCCACUUGUACAAGUUCAGGUAGUAGCAGCUGUCCCAUGAAUGCACAAGUGUCAAAAUCCAAGAAGAGAGUCACUAUUCAUAUCAAGUUAAAUAGCAACAAAUCAUCACAUCAGCAGUUUGGGAAGCUAAUAAAUCUACCUGGUUCUAUGGAAGAGCUUUUCGCAGUAGCAAGUCAGAAGUUUGGAAUCCAGAUUCUUACAAAAGUUCUAAAUUCAGAGAAUGCAGAAAUAGAUGACUUUAGUGUGAUCAGAGAUGGUGAUCAUUUAAAUUUUCUUUCAGAAUAGCACUCCAGUUUAUAAUAAAAUGAUAUGUAACCCCAAAAUUGAGUAAUAGAAGGCUAAAUUGUAGAGUGCACAGAGGGAGAGAGCAUUAUCAUUCACAAGCAAUUGUAAAUUUCUUUAAAUUCCUAAGGAAGAAAUCACGUUGGAAUCUAAGGUAUCAAUCCUUUCCCAACAAUCACAGAGGGCAAGCUCUGUCCAAUCGUUUCAAUGACAAAUAUGAAGUAUAUCA